AAAUAAAAGGGUUCGAGAACAGGUGGAAAUAAAACGGUUCCACGAGGAGCGUCGACAAAGAAAAUAUUCAGAUUUUUACACUUCUUACACCUGAAGAUGAAGACACUGGUGUUUGUCUCACUGUGUCUAACAGUGACUCUUGCCAUGCCUCCAAAUCCUGGUCUGACUAAGGGAAACCAGAGCCCUCUGGUGGGAGACAAAGUUCCUCUACAGGGUCAUGUGGAGGUGGAGGUUCCUGCACCACAGGCUGAACUGAGACCCAAGGAGCAGCAGGAGAAGAUGUCUCUAGUGGUGGAAGUAGAGGAUGAAGCUAAGCCACAAGUUAAGGUGGAGCAAGAGGUUAAAGAGGAACCGGAGAUGAAAGUGGAGUUAGAGCUUGAAGCAAAACCAGAGGUGAAGGUGGAGCAAGAUGUUCAAGAGGAACCAGAGAUGAAAGUAGAGUUAGAGCUUGAAGCAAAACCAGAGGUGAAGGUGGAGCAAGAGAUUAAAGAGGAACCAGAGAUGAAGGUGGAGCAAGAGCUUCAUGAAGAACCAGAGAUAAAGGUGGAGCAAGAGGUUAAAGAAGAACCAGAGGUGAAGGUGGAGCAAGAGGUUAAAGAGGAACCAGAGAUGAAAGUAGAGUUAGAGCUUGAAGCAAAACCAGAGGUGAAGGUGGAGCAAGAUGUUAAAGAGGAACCAGAGAUGAAGGUGGAGCAAGAGCUUCAUGAAGAACCAGAGAUGAAGGUGGAACAAGAGGUUAAAGAAGAACCAGAGGCGAAGGUAGAGCAAGAGGUUAAAGAAUUACCAGAGAUUAAAGUAGAGCUAGAGCUUGAAGCAAAACCAGAGGUGAAGGUGGAGCAAGAUGUUAAAGAGGAACCAGAUGUGAAGGCGGAGCAAGAGCUUCAAGAAGAACCAGAUUUUGAGAAGGAGCAGGAACGUAUGAUGGAGCUAGAGCUUAAAUUGAGAAGAGAUAUGAAUGCGGGGCAAGAGGCUAAGGAAGAGCCAGAGGUGAAGAUGGAGCAAGAGGUUAAAGAGGAACCAAAUGUGAAGGCGGAGCAAGAGCUUCAAGAAGAACCAGAUUUUGAGAAGGAGCAGGAACGUAUGAUGGAGCUAGAGCUUAAAUUGAGAAGAGAUAUGAAUGCGGGGCAAGAGGCUAAGGAAGAGCCAGAGGUGAAGAUGGAGCAAGAGGUUAAAGAGGAACCAAAUGUGAAGGCGGAGCAAGAGCUUCAAGAAGAACCAGAUUUUGAGAAAGAGCAGGAGCGUAUGAUGGAGCUAGAGCUUAAAUUCAGACGAGAUGCAAAUGCAGGGCAGGAGCUUCAAACAGGGCAAGACACUGAAGAUGGGUUGGAGGUCGAGGUGGUGCCAGAGGAUGUAGACCAACCAGAAGGAGCAGCUCACACUGAAGGUUUGGACGAGCCACUGGACGAUGACAGUGUCAUGUUCCCAGAGGAAGAGAACGAUCCUGCUGAUGGAAUUCUGCCAGUAGUAGAGGAGGAGGAGGGGCGUCAAGUGAGGAACGCCGAAUUGGUUUCAGAUGAAGAUCCAUUCACAGAACUGAAGCCCGAGAUGAUGAAAGAGACCUUACAAAAUGAAGAACACAUAUCAUACAUGGGUAUCAUGGAUGAAGGGCCAGCGCUGGACUCUCUGGGUCAGCCGAUGUUAUCUUCAGAGAGCUAUUUCCCAGAGGUGGAGUCGGGGAGGGAGGCCUUCACACUGCAAGAUGUUCCUCCAGCAGAAGAACCUGGCCGUGGGAUUGUCAGAGAGUUGCAGGUCUCUGAUCAGGGGGAGAAAACAUCUCAAGGGGGGAGCUGUUCCUCUGGUGUCGUGCUCGAGGGCAAGUGUUACCAGUUCUUCAAGGAACCAAAGGUGGCUGCAGAUGCAGAGUUCUUCUGCCAGAGAAGCUUCUCCGGAGGUCACCUGGCCUCCAUCACGAGCCAGAGCGCCCACAUGGAGAUGAUGAACUUAAUGAUGAGACACAAUGGCAGAUACACGCGCACCUGGAUUGGAGGCUUACGAUAUUUGGACACCGGUCGCUUCCUCUGGUUGGAUGGAGCUGAGUGGAUUUAUGCAGACUGGCUGUUAGGAGAACCCAGCCACACAGCAAACGUGGAGAAUUGUGUGGAAGUUCUGGCAAAUGGAAAGUUUAAUGACUUCACGUGUUGGGAGCCUCAGCCUUUCAUCUGCUCCUUCCCUCUUCAGUGAAAGUGCAGCGACACACACAGUUUCUUUUCGUGUCCAACAACAAACACACGUACACUUGGGAAAAGAAAAAGUGAUGUUAUAUAACCUCAACUCAUUCGUGUUGAUAAAAUGAAUGAAUAAGCCUCUGGUUGAAAUGACUUGUAUAUAAGAAUUAUUUUGGUUUUUAUUUGGUUUGGAUAUUUUCUUUUGUUUUGUGUUUUUUUAAACAAAUGUUGUGUUGCUAAAGAAAGCAAGAUGGUUUAGUCUUGAUUUGUGAUUAUUUUCCCGCUGAAAAACUCAUAAUAAACUGAAUUUAAAUUUGA